AUGCAUGAAAGCGGUGUUGUUCAUACCGAUAUUUCGCCGAACAAUAUACUUCAAGGAGUGGGAGAUAGCUCUAUCUUGUCCAAGAUGGAGGAAGAUGAAUUAAAACGGCCGAUUGCCAGAAAGGUUUUGAGCGACCGGAGUAUUUACCACUCCCGCCCCAUGCCUGUCUGUUCAGGUCUUCCUGUGGUGUCCGAUCUAGGUGAAGCUAGAUUCGGAAAAGAAAAGCACUAUGGUGAUAUCAUGCCGGGAAUUUAUCGUGCGCCAGAAGUCAUUCUAGAAAUGGAAUGGGAUUACAAGGUUGACAUUUGGUCAAUUGGGAACAUGAUUUGGGAUCUUGCAGAGAGCCAUCAUCUUUUCUUUGCCAAAGAAAAUGGGACUCUCAGCGAUGAGCAGCAUCUGGCUGAGAUGGUAUCUCUAAUGGGCCCUCCACCCCCAGAAUUCCUUAUGAGGAGUAAGCGAUGCGAAAGAUUCUGGGAUGCAGAAGGCAAUUGGAAAGGCUCUAUAUGUAUACCAGAGCAGACCUUUGGGCUCAGAGAGCUGCAUUUCUCUGGGGAGGACAAAGUUCUUUUUCUAAACUUCUUGCGCAGGAUAUUUCGAUGGCUUCCGGAAGAACGUCCGACAGCAGAAGAACUUGUGUAUGAUGAUUUUCUAAUGCAGCCAAUUAUGGCAAAAAGAGAUCAAUAA